AUGGAAGUACCGCUGCCCAUCCUGGUGCAGCUACGUGAAAAAAUGGUGGAAGAGACUUUCUUCAACACCGCCAAUUUUCCAAACAUCACAUGGAAAGGGGAGGGCCAGUGGGAAGUGUGCAGUGUCAGUGCUCCCGGGUUCAAAGCCCUGGGACUCACGAUUGCCUACAUCAUCAUCUUCAUCUUCAGUGUCUUCGGAAACGCUCUUGUUGUUUUUGUCGUCUCGUAUAUGAAGAGCGGUCGGACCAGCACGGACAUCUACCUGAUGAAUCUCGCUAUAGCUGAUAUCUUGUUUUCUCUGGCUCUUCCCUUCUGGGCAGUGUACGUUUACUCCGGUUGGAUUUUCGGAACAGCUCUUUGCAAAAUCCUCUCUGGUUUCCAAGAAGCCUCCGUGUACGGCGGCGUCUUCUUGUUAGCGUGCAUUAGCAUUGACCGCUACUUUGCUAUAGUGCACGCUAAACGUAGCCUUUCGUCGCACAAGGUUCUCGUCAAAGUGGUUUGCGGAGUGGUGUGGGUGGUCGCUGGAAUGCUAGCUUUACCUGUCGUCGUGCAGAGAGAAAGCAUGUACCUGGAAAACAUCGGUGAACAUAUCUGCUUCGAAAAUGUAACCAGAGAAAGCAGUGAUCGCUGGCGUGUUAGCAUGUACAUUCUGAGGCACACAGUUGGGUUUUUCCUCCCUCUGGCCAUCAUGUCCGUAUGCUAUGGUCGUACUAUCCUCAAACUAUAUCACACUCGCAACCAGCACAAGCACAAAGCAAUGAGAUUUAUCCUAGCCGUAGUUUUGUCUUUCAUUGUGUGCUGGCUGCCUUUCAAUGCGUCGGUUUUGAUUGACAUCUUGAUUCGGGGCGGGUCUUUGCCUGUGGAGAGUUGCCAGACUUUGUACACUGUAGAAAAGAUGUUGAAUGUGCCGCAAGUGCUGGCUUUUACACACUGUAUGGUCAAUCCGAUCCUUUAUGCCUUUAUCGGGCAGAAGUUUCGCAAUCAGCUGCUCUCGGCGCUGAACAAACACGGGGUCAUUAGUAAAAGGUUCCAGCAGACUCAUCAGAAGAGCUCCGUCAACAGUGUGGGCAGCUUUAGAUCCAGAAACACCUCAGUGACAGUGUGA